UCGGUCGAAUGUCUGUUGAAGGUCUAACGUCAAACCAACUUCACCGCGGUGAAACAGAGUUAACGCCGCUUCAUAAAACAAUAUAGUGUUCAGUAGGAGGCGCCAACAGGAAAUAGAAAAGUAAAGUGAAAGUGAACUUGUCCCAGUCAAAGGUUCCUGCGAAAUGUGCUGCUUUUUUAACGGAUGAUGAAGAUGUUUAUGUUUUGCGUCUUCCUCCAGUUCGUUUCCCAUCAUGCAUCAGCUGAUGAUAUUUACGAGGGCGACACCUUCCUGCUGCCCUGUGAGUUUCCCACCUUUGAUGUCGACCCGACUCCUUCGGUUCUGUGGAGCCGCUACGACCUCAGACCUUCAACUGUCCAUCGGCAUCAGAAAGAAGGCGACGCAUUUGAGGACCAGAACCAGCUUUACAGCGGCCGGACCUCGAUGAUGACGGACGCUCUGGAAAGCGGAGACCUGAGUUUGACCCUGACGCAGCUGAAGGUGUCUGACAGUGGAACCUACACCUGCUCCAUCACUAGUGUAAGAGGAGAACAUCAUGUUACAGACGUACAGCUGCAAGUCAAAGAGUGGUUUCCUUCCUGGGUCACAGCUCUCCUGGUCGUCAUCAGUGUUGUUUUAAUAGUUGUUGUGUCUGUUGUUAUACAUUUCUAUCAGUACAUCAUAUCAGUUUACCAUGUGGAUGUUAAAUCGGGGGUGGAGUCUGUCCAGCUGCCCUGCAAAACCAUGCGUUACCUGAACAGAGUCAAGAAGGUGGAGUGGUGCCAAUACAACAACAUCGUCCACACGUAUGAGGUUGACUCUGAGGCGACUGGACAUCAGCAGCAGCACAGACUAACAGAGAUGAAUCCACAGACACGUGGAGACUUCAGUUUGAUCCUAAAAUACCCGACAGAAGACAACAGUGGAACCUGGACCUGCUGCAUUUACAACAGGGACGAAGACAGUCUGGAGAAACGAGUGCAUCUCCAGGUCAAACUUGAUAAAGUGGAUGCGGCUGCAGGACAGGAGUCUGUCCUGCUUUCCUGCUGGCCCAAAACCACAGUCCCCUCCGAUCAAGUCACAGUGGAGUGGACCAUCGGCAGAGAAAAGGUCCAUGUGUUUCACAAUGGUUCUGACCAACCUGAGGAUGAGUCCUGGUCUUACCGCCAUCGAACAGAGAUGACACGCAAUGACUUCAGUCUGACCCUGAAAAACCCCACAGACUUUGACAGUGGGACCUUCAAGUGCACCGUCUACAGCGAGGACGGAAACAUCCUGAGGAAGAAAGAAGUACGGCUUAAUGUCGAAGUCUGUAAGGUGGAGAUUGAGGAGGGGGAAGAGUCUGUCCUGCUGCCAUUCAGAACCACAGAGAACCUGCCUGACGAUGUUGUGGUGGAGUGGAGACGUGAAGAUCUCAUCCGUCCCGUGUACAAAUAUAACAAUGGUUUUGAGCAACUCGAUCAACAGGACCCAGGUUACGAAGGCCGCACAGAGAUGAAGGCCGACCUGCUGACAAGUGGAGACUUCAGUCUGACCCUGAAGGAGCCAAAGGUUCAAGACCAUGGAACAUAUGUCUGUGAGGUCUCUAACGCUAAAAUCCGAAGGAGGAAAACUGUGAAACUGCGGGAAAGGAGGAAGAGGACGACACAGGAGGACCAGGAGAGACUCAGCCGAUCCUACUCCUCUGCUUAAGCUGGUCUGAGCAGAGAAGUAGGUGAUGAUCUUCCUCCUUCUGUUGGAUGUGAAUCUGGGAGUUGCUCAUACAGCUGCUUGUGUUAGUGUUUCAGACUGUUACGUCAUGUUGUGGGAUGAAAAGUAAGAAAAAAAAAGUAGAACACAGGUUCCUGUGGCCGAACAUUCACCUGAUGAAAUAUGCAACGAAUUAUUAACAUGCAUGUUCAUAUUAACAAGUAUUUCAGUGAACCCUUCCUGAGGAGACUUAGGGCUAGAUGCGUGUGGGGCUUCCUCUUGCUCUAGUCACCAAAGUCUAAUGAGUCGUGGCUCAGUGGGGGAAACUGGAGGCUCUGGUUGUGUUGAAGCACUCAAACCUAAAUCUGAGAUUCAGGAGAAUAAAUGUUUGUGCUGUUUGAGUUACACUAUAAUUGAUGACCCACUUGACGUGAGGUUUUUUAUGUUUGCAAUGAUCAGAUGUGUUGAUGGAGGCACAGACUCUAGUGCACAGUGAGAAUCAAACUGGUUUGGUUUUAGACCUAGGUCUGGGUCCAAUCCAUUUGGUUUCUUAUCCAAGAACUUUUAACUGAAACCGACCGAUAGAUUGGUCCAAUGAGUUGCUGAUGGCAUCAAUGCAAACCUAAGCAACAUGAUCAAACAUGCUGCUGCUCUGGUGUUCAAAGGAAACAAACAACACGUGACGUUUCCAGCUCCAGAAAUUAAUAAAGGGAUUGUUUUAUUAAAAUGA